GAAGGUCUUGCAGCCACCUGCGAGCUGGUCGUCUUCUUGCUCUCCCUGGCACGCGACGAAGUGCUAUUCGCUGGGCUGCAAGGGGCGCAAAUGGAGUUUCCAGCCUCUCAAAGACAAAAGGUCAACAGUUUGCAUGGCACUGCAGGACCGUCCAACUACCGAGAUGCAUCUAGUAAUUCAAGAGGGACAUGGAAAAAUUCUCCCACUCCAAUAACCGCCCCAUCGAAUACACGUAACACACGUCCCAAGCCAGCAGCAAGCCCCUACGACCAAAUCGCCAACGGCAACAAUCUCCGAACAAAUCCGAAUGCGCAACGGACGGUUCUCGGUACCCCUGCACGACUACAAGAAUCCAAGCGCUCCAAACGUGAUUACACAUUCUCCAGUAGUAUUGCUGCACGGAUCAACAAUUCGAGUUCCACAAACAAUACCCGUGUGUCCACAAGACAUGCAGGGCAGCCAGAUUUCGAGAUACAAAUCAUCGACAGACCUCAUGGAACGAAAAGUGCACCUGCGCACCACAAGCACCCUUUUGGUCACCAGGUCGAAAUUAUUUCAGACGGAGAGGAUCUUGGGAUGCCUGUAUCUCGUCCCCAUCCUUCGUCAUCUUCACCGGACCCUAUGAAUCUUCAUCCUUUCCAGACCUUUCCAGGUGACUCACAAUAUACUGACUCCAGGAAGGGCAAAGGAAAGGAUUCCUCUCCGACCACACAAUCCUGCACUGCGGUUGUAUCUGAUGAAAGGCAGGCAACAAACCGGCCUUCGCUCCCUCCGAAACCUCAAGCGCAGCGAGCUGUAGAUGAUAUUCAAGACUUUGCGUCAGAGGCAGGCAACAACCGGCCUUUGCUUCCUCCGAAACCUCAAUCGCAGCGAGCUGCAAUUCGUACGCCCAUACGGGAACAUAUUGUCCGCGACACUCGAAAAGUAUUCGAGCUUCCGAGUCAGCUCCCAUUCCUUGAUUUACGAAAACAGGAUGCACUCAGCGGUGGAGUUGUGAAGAAAAUGAAACGCAAAAAAUCAACUAAGCCUGUCCCAACGUCUCAAUCACAAUUUGAUCCUAUUACCACGUCGUCUACGCAAUUCACAUCCAAGGAGCUUCCUCGCACUAAGGACCCUCCCCUGAAGCUCCCUUUGCAAGCAUGGGCAAUCGGUUUGAAAAUUUUCAGUGCAGAAGAUGGUUCCGAGCCCCCUGUCUUUGAGUAUGACCCAAAGAACAGACGUCUCACUGUGGCUGAAUCUGGACAGUCUCGAUCUUUCCAGUUCCAACAAACUAAUGGGUUUGAAAGCGUAACAGUCACAACUGACGAUAAGAAAUCCUUGAAAGACAAUGUAGUCAUACAGCUACUGACGGGGAAAGACUGCAAGAUCUGUGAUAACGGAAAAUUAAUAGACGAGUUUGAACCCGGAUUGAAUCGCGGACGCGGGAACCUAACGUUCUUGUUUAGUACGGACGAAGACAAGGGAUGGACGCAAACGAUAUAUCAGCACCUACGCUUUCGCCUGGCUGAAGCAGCAUCUACACACAACACUGUGAGACCAAUGAGUGCGCGCGCACUCUGGGGACAACUUCAGCAGCUUGCAGAGAUGUUUCAACUGCAAAGUCAUCGUUCGUCUAAUUCUCGCCACGCAUCGAUGGCUCCUUCCAUCAAGAAUGCAUCCCCUGCGCCAGAUGUACUUAGUUCCACAGUCAAUUCUGGAUCGUGCUUGGUACCUGAUACUAAAUCAGCAAACGCUGAGGCCGGCACAUCGUUGCGCCGUUCAUCACGGCAUUCUGCUGCAGCAGCACCCGAAAUUCAGUCAGAGUUUCCUCCCAUAGCAGACCCUGAAGAACUAAUUCUCGUAUAUCCUCCAUCUGGCCCUGGCGCAUUAAACAUUAUGGGCAGCGAUUUGAACAGGCUCAGACCGCACGAAUUCCUCAAUGAUACAUUGAUAGAGUUUGGCUUGAAGCUUUGGCUCGCUGAUCUUAAGGAGCAAAACCCGGAUCUUGCGGAACAAAUUCACGUCUUCAGUUCGUUCUUCUACAAGAAGCUCAACAACAAGAAAAGCUUGGACGAAGGAUACCAAAGCGUGAAGAAAUGGACGUCCAGGGUUAAUAUAUUCUCGAAGAAAUACAUAAUUGUCCCGAUCAACGAGAAUCUUCACUGGUACCUCGCCAUUAUUUAUGAACCCGAGCACACUCUUCUCCCACCUCUCCCUCAGAAAGAACCUUCUCUUUCUCAACGAGGAAAGCUACGGCGAAAGACUGCUGCUGAGCCAGACGUAAUUCCUGCGACUGAGCCGGGGGCUGCACCACCCCACGACCUACCAGCACUAGAAGCACGAUCAGAGCCAGAUGCUGAAGCGGCCUCACUGCACGCUACUUGCGCGUCCACGCCAAGUAUUACGCAAGAUGAAGACAUGGAUGACAUCUCACCUGUGGAAUUCACACAGUCAUGUUCAAUAUCCAAUCCGAAACCACUCAGGCCUUCAUCAUCCAACUCUGUAUCUAUACGAGGCAGAUCUGCCUCUGUUGGCAAGGCCUCAGGGAGAUCGAUGUCUGUCGAAGCACAUGUAGACUUGUUGUUACCGACGUCUUCUCCGUGCCUGGAAUCGAUGGAUGUUGAUGUCACCGUUAUCGACAUCGAUACACUCCCAGAGGGGACCGAGCCGAGGGAUAAUCUUCCAUCUUCCAAUGCAUCGACUUCAACACACGUCUCUGAACCUCCCAGCGCUCUGUCUUCGAAACCCCCGUCUCGUAUGACUGGUAUCCCUACGACUCACUUUUAUGGAACCUCUAUCAAGAGCAAAGGAAAGCAGAAAGCUGUCGAGCCAGCUGUUGUGCCUGACUCCGAAGAGGAGGACGAACGCAAUGAGGACGAGAAGCAGGAAAGGGAAGUAGAUGCUAUGUUGGACAUCCAACCCAGUCUUGCCACUCAGACUUCCAAUGAUCCUCUUAGGACCUGGAUCUUCACACUAGAUUCUCUAGGUUCACGGCACCCUCAAGCACAGAAGGUAUUGCGGUAUUGGCUAAAGGCUGAAGCGAAGGACAAGCGACAAUUUGACGAAGUGAGGCCGGCUGAAGUGAAGCUUGCACAGGUCCCAUCGCAACCCAACUUUGCCGACUGCGGCGUCUACCUGCUACAUUUCGCUAAAACCUUCCUUUCAGAUCCUGUUCACUACUUUAAUCUCAUCCACCAAAGCAAGAAAAUAUGUCCUGCCGAACAGCGCAAACUCGACUGGGAUGAGGCUGUAGUACAGUACUCCCGUAAAAAUCUUAUUGCACGGAUCCAAGUCCUUUCCAAAGAGUGGAAGGUUUCAAGAGCGGUGAAGGAAGAGGACGCGAAGCGCAAACGGGAGAGCGAAGAGCUUGGGCAAGCUGAUAAGGAUUCAGAUGCGGAGGUGGACAUCCUCGAGGACGUGAAGGAGAAAGAGCGACCAGCCAAGAGAAUGCGUGGAAAUUGAUUAUUUUUGAUGCAUACUCUUUAGAUCCCUGCAUACUGAGUCCCAUUGGACGGGUACCCUAUUAAUAAUGUCAAUGCUGCGCAUCAGAAUACACGCUAUGAUAUAACC